AUGACUGAAGAGGUGAUUAAACACCGGUGCGCUGAACCAAGGCCCAUCCCUCCAGAGAAACCUCCGCCUGUAGACGCCAUCUGGUGGAUAAGGGAUGAAACAGCAGCAAAAAGGAAACCCCCCAAAACCCCGAUUCCCAACACCCUGACGGGUGAAAAGCCGUUUACAUGUGUGAACUGUGGAAAAAGUUUUCGUCAAAAAUCUAAUUUAGCUCGGCACAUGAUGAUUCACACAGGUGAAAAGCCGUUUUCAUGCGUGUCCUGUGGGAAAAGUUUUAUUCAAAAACAGCAUUUAACUCAACACAUGAUGAUUCACACUGGUGAGAAGCCGUUUUCAUGUGUGACCUGUCGAAAAAGUUUUAGUGGAAAACGGGAUUUAACUCAGCACAUGAGAAUUCACACUGGUGAAAAGCCUUUUUCAUGUGUGAACUGUGGAAAACGUUUUAGGCAUAAACCGACUUUAACUCAGCACAUGAGAAUUCACACUGGUGAAAAGCCGUUUUCAUGUGUGAAUUGUGGAAAAUGUUUUAUUCAAAAAUUUAUUUUAACUACGCAUAUGAUGAUUCACACUGGUGAAAAGCCGUUUUCAUGUGUGAACUGUGGGAAAAGAUUUUGUCAAAAACAGCUAUUAACUGAGCACAUGAUGAUUCACACUGGUGAAAAGCCGUUUUCAUGUUUGACCUGUGGGAAAAGUUUUAGUCGCAAAUUCAGUUUAUCUCAACAUUUGAGGCGUCACACAGUUGAAAAGCCGUAGAAGUAUUUCUCAUAUAUGUCCUAUGUUGAGGUUCACUAUAGAAUUUAUUUGGUUAAAAACUUGAAUGAAAGACUGGAGGGGUUUCAUGUAUUUAAAGCUCAAAAUUGUUUUAUUUGUUAAGUGUGAUAAUUUGGAUCUUCACCUUUGGAUACUUGUAGAUGUGCAACCAUGACACAUUUUCCUUCAUUGAUGUUUUAUUUUUCUGGCAUAUUCUGUAUCAAAAAACAAUAAUGAUAAACUGUAUGUUAUUGUAUUAACAUGCUGUUUAUGUGAAACUUUAUGUUGUGUGUGUACAACAUGAAGAGCAGAGGACUCAGCACACAGCCCUGAGGAGUGCCAGUACUGAUGCUGAAAGAUGAAGAGGCUUAUUUUCAAUUAUUUGC